AUGACACAGACCACGUCAGAGAGGACACGGACCACGUCAGAGAGGACACGGACCACGUCAGAGAGGACACGGACCACGUCAGAGCGGACACGGACCACGUCAGAGCGGACACGGACCACGUCAGAGCGGACACGGACCACGUCAGAGCGGACACGGACCACGUCAGAGAGGACACGGACCACGUCAGAGCGGACACGGACCACGUCAGAGCGGACACGGACCACGUCAGAGAGGACACGGACCACGUCAGAGCGGACACGGACCACGUCAGAGCGGACACGGACCACGUCAGAGCGGACACGGACCACGUCAGAGAGGACACGGACCACGUCAGAGCGGACACGGACCACGUCAGAGCGGACACGGACCACGUCAGAGCGGACACGGACCACGUCAGAGAGGACACGGACCACGUCAGAGAGGACACGGACCACGUCAGAGAGGACACGGACCACGUCAGAGCGGACACGGACCCCGUCAGAGAGGACACGGACCACGGACGCGGACACGGACCACGUCAGAGCGGACACGGACCACGUCAGAGCGGACACGGACCACGUCAGAGAGGACACGGACCACGUCAGAGAGGACACAGACCACGUCAGAGAGGACACGGACCACGUCAGAGAGGACACGGACCACGUCAGAGCGGACACGGACCACGUCAGAGAGGACACGGACCACGUCAGAGAGGACACGGACCACGUCAGAGCGGACACGGACCACGUCAGAGCGGACACGGACCACGUCAGAGCGGACACGGACCACGUCAGAGCGGACACGGACCACGUCAGAGAGGACACGGACCACGUCAGAGAGGACACGGACCACGUCAGAGAGGACACGGACCACGUCAGAGCGGACACGGACCACGUCAGAGAGGACACGGACCACGUCAGAGCGGACACGGACCACGUCAGAGAGGACACGGACCACGUCAGAGAGGACACGGACCACGUCAGAGAGGACACGGACCACGUCAGAGAGGACACGGACCACGUCAGAGCGGACACGGACCACGUCAGAGAGGACACGGACCACGUCAGAGAGGACACGGACCACGUCAGAGCGGACACAGACCACGUCAGAGAGGACACGGACCACGUCAGAGAGGACACAGACCACGUCAGAGAGGACACGGACCACGUCAGAGAGGACACGGACCACGUCAGAGCGGACACCGACCACGUCAGAGCGGACACGGACCACGUCAGAGCGGACACGGACCACGUCAGAGCGGACACGGACCACGUCAGAGCGGACACGGACCACGUCAGAGCGGACACGGACCACGUCAGAGCGGACACGGACCACGUCAGAGCGGACACGGACCACGUCAGAGCGGACACGGACCACGUCAGAGAGGACACGGACCACGUCAGAGCGGACACGGACCACGUCAGAGAGGACACGGACCACGUCAGAGCGGACACGGACCACGUCAGAGAGGACACGGACCACGUCAGAGCGGACACCGACCACGUCAGAGCGGACACGGACCACGUCAGAGCGGACACGGACCACGUCAGAGCGGACACGGACCACGUCAGAGAGGACACGGACCACGUCAGAGCGGACACGGACCACGUCAGAGAGGACACGGACCACGUCAGAGAGGACACGGACCACGUCAGAGCGGACACGGACCACGUCAGAGCGGACACGGACCACGUCAGAGCGGACACGGACCACGUCAGAGCGGACACGGACCACGUCAGAGAGGACACGGACCACGUCAGAGAGGACACGGACCACGUCAGAGAGGACACGGACCACGUCAGAGCGGACACGGACCACGUCAGAGAGGACACGGACCACGUCAGAGAGGACACGGACCACGUCAGAGCGGACACGGACCACGUCAGAGAGGACACGGACCACGUCAGAGAGGACACGGACCACGUCAGAGAGGACACGGACCACGUCAGAGAGGACACGGACCACGUCAGAGCGGACACGGACCACGUCAGAGAGGACACGGACCACGUCAGAGAGGACACGGACCACGUCAGCGGACACGGACCACAGGACACGGACCACGUCAGAGCGGACACCGACCACGUCAGAGCGGACACGGACCACGUCAGAGCGGACACGGACCACGUCAGAGCGGACACGGACCACGUCAGAGCGGACACGGACCACGUCAGAGCGGACACGGACCACGUCAGAGAGGACACGGACCACGUCAGAGCGGACACGGACCACGUCAGAGAGGACACGGACCACGUCAGAGCGGACACGGACCACGUCAGAGAGGACACGGACCACGUCAGAGCGGACACCGACCACGUCAGAGCGGACACGGACCACGUCAGAGCGGACACGGACCACGUCAGAGCGGACACGGACCACGUCAGAGAGGACACGGACCACGUCAGAGAGGACACGGACCACGUCAGAGCGGACACGGACCACGUCAGAGAGGACACGGACCACGUCAGAGCGGACACGGACCACGUCAGAGAGGACACGGACCACGUCAGAGAGGACACGGACCACGUCAGAGAGGACACAGACCACGUCAGAGAGGACACAGACCACGUCAGAGAGGACACGGACCACGUCAGAGCGGACACGGACCACGUCAGAGAGGACACGGACCACGUCAGAGAGGACACAGACCACGUCAGAGAGGACACAGACCACGUCAGAGCGGACACGGACCACGUCAGAGCGGACACAGGCCUGAGCUGGGGCGGGGCUUGUGGGUGGUGUCUGUCAUCCAUCCGGGGAGGAGAGGCGCGCGCACAGCCAGCUCCAGCCGAGACAGGACCGCUCACUCCCGGGGAAGAUCCAGCUCAGCACGGCGCCACUGAGACACCCAGAGUCAGACCUCCUCACUCCCUCAGACCUCCUCACUCCCUCAGACCUCCUCACUCCCUCAGACCUCCUCACUCCCUCAAACCUCCUCACGCCCUCAGACCUCCUCACGCCCUCAGACCUCCUCACGCCCUCAGACCUCCUCACUCCCUCAGACCUCCUCACUCCUUCAGACCUCCUCACUCCCUCAGACCUCCUCACUCCCUCAGACCUCCUCACUCCCUCAGACCUCCUCACGCCCUCAGACCUCCUCACUCCUUCAGACCUCCUCACUCCCUCAGACCUCCUCACUCCUUCAGACCUCCUCACUCCCUCAGACCUCCUCACUCCCUCAGACCUCCUCACUCCCUCAGACCUCCUCACGCCCUCAGACCUCCUCACGCCCUCAGACCUCCUCACGCCCUCAGACCUCCUCACGCCCUCAGACCUCCUCACGCCCUCAGCCUCCUCACGCCCUCAGACCUCCUCACUCCCUCAGACCUCCUCACUCCCUCAGACCUCCUCACGCCCUCAGACCUCCUCACGCCCUCAGACCUCCUCACUCCCUCAGACUUCCUCACGCCCUCAGACCUCCUCACGCCCUCAGACCUCCUCACUCCCUCAGACCUCCUCACUACCUCAGACCUCCUCACUCCCUCAGACCUCCUCACGCCCUCAGACCUCCUCACUCCCUCAGACCUCCUCACUCCCUCAGACCUCCUCACGCCCUCAGACCUCCUCACUCCCUCAGACCUCCUCACUACCUCAGACCUCCUCACUCCCUCAGACUUCCUCACGCCCUCAGACCUCCUCACGCCCUCAGACCUCCUCACGCCCUCAGACCUCCUCACGCCCUCAGACCUCCUCACUACCUCAGACCUCCUCACUCCCUCAGACUUCCUCACGCCCUCAGACCUCCUCACGCCCUCAGACCUCCUCACGCCCUCAGACCUCCUCACUCCCUCAGACCUCCUCACUCCCUCAGAACUAAACACCGGACCCUUGCCGCAGCCGCCCCCCACUCUCUGGAACUCCCACAACCAUCCCAAACUCAGACUCUCUUCUCAAAACCCACUCUCGACCUCAGCUGACGGAGGCCCAGACGGAGGCCCAGACGGAGACCCCGACGGAGACCCCGACGGAGACCCUGACGGAGACCCUGACGGAGACCCUGACGGAGACCCUGACGGAGACCCUGACGGAGACCCCGACGGAGACCCCGACGGAGACCCCGAACCUGACAGACUCUCUGCCUUCUGUUUAAAGAUGCCCAGAGAGUUCUCUGAGGAGGAGGUGGAGGAGAUCCGCCUGGCGUUCCAGAAUGUGGACGUGGACGGUAACGGUUACGUGACGACAGACGAGAUCAAAGGGCUGUUCCAGAAGCUGGGCCGACCCAUGGCCGGGUACCAGAUCAGAGAGCUGCUGGUCUCUCUGGACCGGGACAAGGACAGCCGCAUCAGCCUGGAGGAGUUCACCGAAAUGUUCCGAGACGUUAAAACCAACACCGCGGCCUCUGCCUUUAAAACUGCUCUGAAACAAAAGGUGGGGAUCGUGUCCAUCGGAGGAACCAGUGAAAUCUCCAGCACAGGGACCACUCACACCAUCGCAGACGAGGAGCGUCAUGCGUUUGCGAACUACAUAAACGAGAGUCUGAAGGAGGACCCGGACUGCUCACACCUGCCCAUCAACCCCAACGACGGCUCGCUCUUCAAAGCCGUCGCCGAUGGAAUCAUUCUCUGUAAACUGAUCAACCACUCCCUCCCCGACACCAUCGACGAGCGCACCAUCAACAAGAAGAAACUCACGGCUUUCACCAUCCAGGAAAACCUGAACCUGGCCCUGAACUCUGCGUCUGCGAUCGGCUGUCAGGUGGUGAACAUCGGAGCCACAGACCUAAAGGAGGGGAAGCCUCACCUGGUCCUGGGUCUGCUCUGGCAGAUCAUCAGGAUCGGACUGUUCGCAAAUAUAGAACUGAGCAGGAACGAAGCGCUGGCGGCCCUGUUGGAGGAGGGGGAAACUCUUGAAGACCUGAUGAGACUCAGUCCUGAAGAGCUGCUGCUGCGAUGGAUGAACUUCCACCUGAAAAAAGUCGGAAUCACCGUCAAGAACUUCUCCUCCGACGUCAAGGAUUCUACGGCGUACUUCCACCUCCUGGAGGCGAUCGCUCCCGACGGCAGCAAAGACGACCAGCCCCAGGUCAACAUCGACAUGAGCGGACUCUACCUCGGGGACAACACGAAGCGAGCAGAGAGCAUGCUGAAGGAGGCGGACAAACUGGACUGCAGGCAGUUCGUCACCGCGGGAGACGUGACCGCCGGAAACGCCAAACUCAACAUGGCCUUCGUCGCCACGCUCUUCAACAAGUACCCGGCCCUCACCAAACCCGAGAACCAGGACUUCCAUCUGGAGAGUGAGACGAGAGAAGAGCGGACGUUCAGGAACUGGAUGAACUCACUGGGAGUCAAUCCUUACGUCAACCAUUUAUACGGGGACAUACAGAGCGCUCUGGUCAUCUUCCAGCUUUAUGAAAAAAUCAAAGUCCCGGUGAACUGGGACAGAGUGAACCGCGGGCCCUUCAAAUUGCUGAUCGGAGGAAACAUGAAGAAGGUGGAGAACUGUAACUAUGCGGUGCAACUGGGCAAAGACAAAGCCAAGUUCUCUCUGGUUGGAAUCGGAGGAGAAGAUCUGUACAACGGGAUCCAGACCCUGACCCUGGCUCUGAUCUGGCAACUCAUGAGAAGGUACACUCUGAACGUCCUGUCUGACCUCGGACACGGCGAGGUGGCGAGUGAUGACCUCAUCGUGUCCUGGGUCAAUGAAACUCUGCAGAAGGCGGGAAAAACAUCCACAAUCAGAAGCUUCAAGGACCCGUCCAUCUGCAGCAGUCAGUCCAUCGUGGACCUCAUCGACUCCAUCCAACCGUCGAGCAUCAACUACGACCUCCUGCAGACCGAGGACCUCAGCGACGACGACAAGCUCUCCAACGCCAAGUACGACCUCUGCAUCCUCAUAAAGCUGGGGCACCUGACUCUAAAGCUGGGGCACCUGACUCUAAAGCUGGGGUACCUGACUCUAAAGCUGGGGUAUCUGACUCUAAAGCUGGGGGUACCUGACUCUAAAGCUGGGGUACCUGACUCUAAAGCUGGGGUACCUGACUCUAAAGCUGGCUGGGGGUAUCUGACUCUAAAGCUGGGGUACCUGACUCUAAAGCUGGGGUACCUGACUCUAAAGCUGGGGUACCUGACUCUAAAGCUGGGGUACCUGACUCUAAAGCUGGGGUACCUGACUUUAAAGCAGGGGUACCUGACUCUGAAGCUGGGGCACCUGACUCUAAAGCUGGGGUACCUGACUCUGAAGCUGGGGCACCUGACUUUAAAGCUGGGGUACCUGACUCUGAAGCUGGGGCACCUGACUUUAAAGCUGGGGUACCUGACUCUGAAGCUGGGGCACCUGACUCUGAAGCUGGGGUACCUGACUCUGAAGCUGGGGCACCUGACUCUGAAGCUGGGGUAUCUGACUCUAAAGCUGGGGUACCUGACUCUAAAGCUGGGGUACCUGACUCUGAAGCUGGGGCACCUGACUCUGAAGCUGGGGUACCUGACUCUAAAGCUGGGGUACCUGACUCUGAAGCUGGGGCACCUGACUCUAAAGCUGGGGUACCUGACUCUAAAGCUGGGGUACCUGACUCUAAAGCUGGGGUACCUGACUCUGAAGCUGGGGCACCUGACUCUGAAGCUGGGGCACCUGACUCUAAAGCUGGGGUACCUGACUCUAAAGCUGGGGUACCUGACUCUAAAGCUGGGGCACCUGACUCUAAAGCUGGGGUAUCUGACUCUAAAGCUGGGGUACCUGACUCUAAAGCUGGGGCACCUGACUCUAAAGCUGGGGCACCUGACUCUAAAGCUGGGGCACCUGACUCUAAAGCUGGGGUACCUGACUCUGAAGCUGGGGCACCUGACUCUGAAGCUGGGGUAUCUGACUUUAAAGCUGGGGUACCUGACUCUAAAGCUGGGGUAUCUGACUUUAAAGCUGGGGUACCUGACUCUAAAGCUGGGGUAUCUGACUCUAAAGCUGGGGUAUCUGACUCUAAAGCUGGGGUAUCUGACUUUAAAGCUGGGGUAUCUGACUCUAAAGCUGGGGUACCUGACUCUAAAGCUGGGGCACCUGACUCUGAAGCUGGGGCACCUGACUCUGAAGCUGGGGCACCUGACUCUGAAGCUGGGGUACCUGACUCUAAAGCUGGGGUACCUGACUCUAAAGCUGGGGUACCUGACUCUAAAGCUGGGGUACCUGACUCUAAAGCUGGGGUACCUGACUCUAAAGCUGGGGUACCUGACUCUAAAGCUGGGGCACCUGACUUUAAAGCUGGGGUACCUGACUUUAAAGCUGGGGUACCUGACUUUAAAGCUGGGGUACCUGACUUUAAAGCUGGGGUACCUGACUCUGAAGCUGGGGCACCUGACUCUGAAGCUGGGGCACCUGACUCUGAAGCUGGGGUAUCUGACUCUAAAGCUGGGGUACCUGACUCUGAAGCUGGGGUACCUGACUCUAAAGCUGGGGUACCUGACUUUAAAGCUGGGGUACCUGACUCUAAAGCUGGGGUACCUGACUCUAAAGCUGGGGUACCUGACUCUAAAGCUGGGGUACCUGACUCUAAAGCUGGGGUACCUGACUCUAAAGCUGGGGUACCUGACUCUAAAGCUGGGGCACCUGACUCUAAAGCUGGGGUACCUGACUCUAAAGCUGGGGUACCUGACUCUAAAGCUGGGUUUUCUUUAA